AUGAAAAGGAAGAGUCGUUCGGAAUCUGCUGAUAAUACUGAAGAAGACAAAUUUAACUUUGAUAUUCCUGAAUAUGAUGUUGAUCCAUCAAGGCCUCUUUCAGUUUCGAUUUCAAGAAACAAGCUUCAGGAACACCCGCAUGCUGACCAAGUAGACAUCUCCAAGACACGCAAUGAAAUUUCAGAUAUGAUACUUCCCAUUGAAUAUCAUCCGAUCGGUUUCACUUCGGAAGAUCAAGCGAUGGCAGAAUUUGCAGAUCCACUUUCCGAUCAGUUAUACGACAACUAUCAUAAAAAGAUGCUGAAACAGGAGACAAGAAUGAUGAAUGAUGAAUCAAACCAUUCAGAUCUGGAAGCUGAUCGCUUAGAAGGUAUUUUGGACCAUUUAGAAGUGGCUUCUUGGCGACUUUAUCUACCAAAAGUCACAAUUGUGAAAGAUCUAUUCGAUGAAGACGAACUACAUGCAAAAAAAGAACUGACUCAACGGACCAUUCGUUUGAUGUUAAAGAAAUACAAAUAUAUGAAACAUCGAAUUAACAUUCACGCUAGAAAGCAAAGACACUUCAUGAUCGACUCUUCAAAACGACUUGAUAAACUAUUUUCUAAAGUCGACAAGUCGAUGAUUAUAGGGUACCACAGUUCAUCAGAAGACGAAGAAGAUAAUCUAGACGCAACCGAAAUAAAAAGACGAAGGAAAAUGUUGAAGCAUAAGCAUUUUUCGUCCCCUUUGGUUAUUCCACUUUCUAUGCCCUCUGCCCCAACCAGUUUUAAGUACGGAAUUAUUGCUGAACCACUAAACUCUCCAUUUAUUAUAAAGUUCACAAAGGAAGAACGAUUGAAAUGUCUACGAAAGGUCGAAAACUAUAAAAAAAGAUAUCAUUUAAUUGAGCACUUCCCUAAUCAACAGAUGAAAAUUAUUAAAAAAGUUGCUGCAACUUGUGAACUUGAUCCUUUUCCCUCCGAUUCUGCUUUACCUGUAACUAGUAGAAAAACGUCAUUUAAAACAGAUCAUAAGUGA